GACUUUGUGCAUCAUUUAUCCGUGGAAAUUAGAGAAUCGAGGUGUGGGAGGAGGAUCCAUUCUGACCACAAAGGAGACAUGUCUGAACACAUCCUCCGGAGGAUGAGGAGGAAACACCUGAACCGACACGAGGCAGGGCAGCAUACAGUGAUACAGUCAGGGGGGAAUUGAUUUAUCUGUCGAGUUAAAUCUGUGUAUAAAAUCUGACUUUGAGAAAAAAAAAACCAAAUAAAUAAACAAACAAAUAAACAAACAUCAUCCCGUGUGUUGUGUCCGGACAGCUUCUCCUCCCACCUGCAUUUCCCUCACAGCAUAACUGCCUUGUGCACGUGUGGGCGGGGCAGAGGGGGCGCACGAGCAGACGGGGAUCCCACCGUCCAAUCAGCUGCAGGCAGCGCGCGAGCGCCUUAAAAGCGGCGCGCGCGGCUCCGGGAGCUCAGUCAGAGCUGUGCCUUUGAGUCCUUUGUCCUUCUUCGCUUUAAGGAGCAGAAUUUUCCCGAGAUUCUUUCUUUGGACGCCGCGCUGAGGAGAGAAAAACAAUGAGACUGAUCCAGAACAUGACGACUAUCGCGGAGUUCACCGCGCCGGAGAACCAGCCGCUCCACCGGGCCAUCAAGAUCGCGGUUAUAGGGGGGAGCGGAGUGGGGAAGACAGCGCUGGUGGUGAGGUUCCUGACGAGGCGCUUCAUCGGAGACUACGAGAGAAACGCUGGUAAUCUAUACUCCAGAGAAGUUCAGGUGGACGGAGAACAAGUCACCAUUCAGGUCCAGGACACUCCUGGAGGAGAGAUGACUGAUAACGGCGUCAAGCUGCCUGACCAUGUGACCUGCUCCAUCCAGUGGGCGGAUGCCGUGGUGCUGGUUUACUCGGUGACGGACCGCCGCAGCUUCGAUCUGAUCAGCCAGCUGCACCAGCUGGUGGUCCGUGCAGGAGGCGCCAGCGUGCCCCCCGUCAUCCUGCUGGCCAACAAAGCCGACCUGCUGCACCUGAGGCGGGUGGACGCCCAGCAGGGCCCCCUGCUGGCGGGAGCGCUGGGCUGCUCCUUCUACGAGGUGUCCGCCAGCGAGGACUACAACCAAGUGCACGGAGCUUUCCACAGGCUGUGCUGCCAGCUCGCCAAGCAGCCCCCCCCACCGUGCAGCAUGCCGCACACCUCCGCCAGCGCCGCCCCGGAGAAGAGACGCUCGCCGCUCAUCCCCCGCCCCAAAUCUCCUAACAUGCAGGACCUGAAGAGGCGCUUCAAGCAGGCGCUGUCGGCGAAAGUCCGGACUGUCACCUCGGUGUGAGGGAAUCCGGAGCGUGAUCCGGAGCGGUCACGGAGUUGAGAUUCCUGCGUCUCCACUGGAGCGGAGAAGGCAGACGUGGCGUGAACAGUCAGCAGGAAGGAGGGCGGGAGCCCAUCAUGUCAGAUGUACAGACAUGCUGUGAGGAGGUUCAACUUCAGCUCAGAAGCAGCUGGAGUCAGGAACCGGGCUGACGGAGCCACGCUCUUUACAAACUGUGUCAGUGAAGCUCUCCUGGCACGAGGACACGGUGGUUUUGGCUGCAGCGUCUGGCAGCUCUCUGGAAUUGGACCAGCACCUUCAUCCACAUGUGCUGUGUGUAAAUAUCAUGUUUGUUUUUUGCAGCCUUCAGGAUCAUCCCUGCAUGACGGGAGAAGUGACGUAGCAUGAGUUGGUUAUGACCACUAAUGCACUUUAUGAACAUGUACAAGUCCAAAGGGCCUAUUGUUAUUUAUUUGGUACAGUUUGGUGCACAAUAAAUGUUUCAAAGCAAA